AUGCUUAUUUUUCCAAUAUUCGCCCUCGCGUUUGCACGAUGCGCCUUUACCCAGCAGAUAUGGGACAUCUGGGAGACAACCUGGGAUCGUCGUAGUCUGCUUACGCGGAAACCACUCUCAGCCGCCGUCAACUUCGCAGCCACAGGUGCUUCUCAGAGUGCACAUAUCACCGUCUCGGACAGCACUGUUUACCAGACAAUUCUUGGGUUUGGCGCGACCCUUACGGAUGCUUCAGCUAAUCUUCUGAAUGACUUAAAGGGGAAAAAUUCGAAUAACUACUGGAAUCUUCUGCGUCAGUCGUUCGACAUGACCGAUGGCGCUAAUGCCGCUGGUCUCAGUUAUAUCCGAGUUGCACUUGGCGCAACCGAUUUUUCUGCUUCGGUCUACAGUUACGACGACUCAAACAGCGAUAACAUUUUGAGCAACUUCUAUGUAAACAAUGCCCCAUGGUAUUUAUUCGCUAUUCUGCGCGAUAUACUAUCAGUGAAUAGUCGCUUAAUGGUUCAUCUGGUUCCUUGGUCGCCUCCCGCAUGGAUGAAGACGACAGGAUCGAUGAACGGAGGCUCACUGAUUGAUGGCUACAUCAGCGUCUAUCCCACAUAUCUGUUGAAGGCCGUCCAAGGUUUCUCAGGUAAAGGCGUACCGAUUUACGCAAUCUCAAUUCAAAAUGAACCGCAAUACAGCACUAAUAGUUAUCCAUCAUGCUCGAUGCCUGCCGCAACGGAAGCUCAGAUUGGGAGAACCUUACGGACUCUUCUUGAUAACAACGGUUUCUCGAGUGUCAAGGUUAUUGCAUACGAGCACAACUGGAACAACGCUGCGACAUACCCCGUGGAGGUUAUGCAAGCAGCUCGAGACUCCUUUGCGGGGGCGUCGUUUCAUUGUUACGAAGGAAGCGUUGGCCUUCAGGAAUCCUUCCACUCUGCAUACCCAGAUAAGGAAAUCUACUUCACGGAAUGCUCUGGAACGCUCGGCAGUGAUUGGUGGCAGGAUAUUAAGUGGUACAUGGAUAAUCUCUGGAUAGGAAGUUUAGAACAUUGGUCCAAGACUGGCCUAAUGUGGAAUUUCGCCCUUGAUGGUAGCGGAAACCCGAAGCUUCCGGGUGCUAACAGCUGCUCAGCUGGCUGUCGGGGCGUCGUCACUAUCAAUAACGACGGCUCUUAUUCUUUCAACCAAGAGUACUAUUCCAUGGCUCAGGCCUCGAAGGCAAUCAUACCGAAAGAUGUGGGUGGUCCAUUUGGCCAGAGAAUCGGCGUCACUGUCAGCGGUAGUGACGGCUGGGCUUUGCGUGUUGGCGCAUAUGCAACCGGCAGGCAGUCUGCAAGCGAUUGGGUUCGAUAUUCGCUGGUCGUGUUGAACUGGGAUGACAGCGCUUCGUCUUCUUGGAACCCCGUUGCGGUUACGGCCUCUAUAGAGUUUAGAGGGAUGCAGGCUACGUAUACAUUCCCGGUUGGCGUUACCACCCUUUGGUGGUUUGCGGCGUCUUCAACCUCGAGGCGCAGUGUCCGUUCGCAGUGGAUGACCAAUACGACUUUCACAAAUAGUACUGAUUGUUAA